UUUUCCUUCAGCCUUGCCCCUCCAUGACUGUACCCGAUCACCGACUCUUCAAACAUGGCGAGCCAAGAAUCCGAUAUGAUUAACCUGCGGGCGCCUCUUGCGCGCGCUGCCACCAUCCUGGACCGGUCGCUCUUCUCCAAGAAGUUGGAGCUUGCCGCCGCUACGGUCAAGGACCCACGCAACAUCUCCAAGUACCGCAAGCAGCUGGAGAAGUCCAAGGAGCUUCUGCGACUCGAUCGUUUGGACUCUUGCAGGAACGAUCCCAAGGCCCCUGGCCUGAAGUGUCUCCUGCUGCGCCCGGGCAUCAAAGCCGAUGCGCCGACGACAUGGGGCCCCAUCUUUCAAGAGGGCGUCAAGACCGGUGAGCUGGACGUUGUACCUUACGACUUGGAACUCGACUAUGACUACUGGUCCUAUCUUGACGUGAUGACAUCCAUACUGCCGGAGGAGCUCCACGUGGAGAUUCCCGUUGGCUUCAACACCGCCGGUCAUGUCGCGCAUCUCAACCUGAAGGACCCGUACCUCCCGUACAAGAAGAUCAUCGCCGAGGUCAUUCUGGACAAGAACCCCAAGAUCCGCACGGUCAUCAACAAGAUCGACGAUGUCGGCAACGAAUCCGUCUUCAGGACGUUCGCGUACGAGGUUCUCUGUGGGCCCGACGACCUGAACGUCGAGGUCAAGGAGAACGACUGCGUCUUCCAAUUCGACUAUGCCAAGGUGUACUGGAACAGCAAGCUGGAGCCGGAACACACAAGGCUCAUCAGCAAGUUCAAGCCCGGCGAGGUCGUUGCCGACGUCAUGGCAGGCAUCGGACCGUUCGCCGUCCCAGCUGGAAAGAAGGGUGUGUUUGUCUUCGCCAACGACAUGAACCCGGAGAGCUACAAGUAUCUCACCGCUGCGGUCGAGAGGAACAAGGUCUCGCAAUACGUCCGCCCGUACAACAUGGACGGCCGCAAGUUCAUUCAAGAGGCCGUCCAUCAGGUCUACGACGCCUCAAGUCGGGGAGAAGGCGCCGUGAUCAAGGCCAAGCAGUCCAGGAGCAAGCCUCAGAACCCGGCUCCCGAGCCGAAGCGCAUCCCGAUCCCGCCUACCAUCUCACACUUCGUCAUGAACCUACCCGCUUCGGCUUACACGUUCGUCAACCACUACAAAGGCAUCUACCGCGGGCACGAGAAGCUCUUUGAGCCGCACACGUCGACCAAGCUCCCGAUGGUCCACGUACACUGCUUCGCCCUCAAGAGCGACGACGAAGUGCCGCUGAACGACAUCCUCGAACGCCUCCACGCCGAGAUCGGCGUCCGGUUCAAGGUCGGAGACGCAGACAAGUACGGAGAGGUGGACAUCUACAACGUGCGGGACGUGGCCCCGAAGAAGCGCAUGUUCUGCGCCAGCUUCCGCAUCCCGCCCGAAGUCGCCUUUGCCGAGGGCAGCUGAGUGAGCAACCGUUCGUUCGGUCUUGGGAGAAUGCCGCCUCGCAGCAUCGCCUGGUCGAGUCAAGCCACGAGCGGGUAUAUGGAUGCCUGUUUGGUAGCACAAUCAUUGUUGUGAAACCGUUAGUAGGGCCGUCAACCCGUAUUCCACUCGCGCCACGCCGGAGCGCGGCCCCCCGGCUCACCCAGACCCCACCAGACCCCGCGCCGCUUUCAUUUGCAUUUGCAGCCGGUAGUACGAGAUGGCAAGGUCCGUACGACGGUUUCACCCCUUGGUCCCCCAGCCUCGAGGGCAGGCGAGGAGAUUGCCUGACCGGUGGUGGUGCAAAAAGGAGGGGCUGGUUUCGAACCGAGAUAACGCAAAGGCGUCCUGACGAACUCAUGACGGACAUCUGGCUGCGUUUGGUCAUAUGGUGGAGACAGCAGCUGCUGCACCAAGAAGAGAAAAGAAACAACAAUAACAACAACAACGACAACAAUGACAAGCAGAAGAAGAAGAGGAGCAGGAGCAGGAGGGGCGAGCGGAGCAGAUGCCCCUCCCUCCCGGUUUCGUCUCGGCGGUUCAGGCCACGAACCAAAUGCUGCCCCAAUGGCUGCAUUGCAUACGCCUGUUCGGACAUAUAUGCAAAUAUUACCACUUACCCUUUCCAUCUGCAUAUGCGGCUACUAC